UUGCUUGCGACGUCCGUUUCUUGCCAUACCCUGCUUGAUUUAAAAGUUUCCUCCUUCCCACUCCCUCCUACUGCUACUCCUCCUCUCCCCUUGCGCCAUCCCAAGCCCUAGUCCCUUGAUGAGAGGGAGAGGCGGGCGGGGAUGGGGAACCGGAUCAGCGGCUCCCGUCGGAGGCCGGUGGAGGAGCGCCUCACCCGGCCGCAGCGCAUCCUUCGGCAACCCACCGAUCUGGACUACAAGAAGCUCCGCAAGCUCAUUCUCGCCCGCAAGCUCGCCCCCUGCUUCGACGCCCUCGACGAGCUCCCCCACCACCCCCGCGACCUCGAGGAGUGCCCCAUUUGCUUCUUCUACUAUCCCAGCCUGAAUCGAUCCCGGUGUUGCUCGAAAGGCAUUUGCACUGAGUGUUUUCUGCAGAUGAAGCCUUCCGAUGCGAGUCGUCCCGUUCAAUGCCCAUUCUGCAAGACUUCCUGGUAUGCAGUUGAGUAUCGUGGUGCUAGAACUGAGGGAGAGAAGGACCUAGAACGAGCUGAAGAGCAAAAGGUCACUGAAGCAAAACUUAGGAUGCAACAUGAAUAUGAAAUUGUUGGGCAAGUUAUACCAUCAGGUGCGCAGAAUAUUAGGGAAAUGUCUGAACGAGGGGCCUCUCUGAUGCAAGGAAAUGACCUGGAUGGUCCUUUCCGGACUUGCAAUAACAGGAAUGAAAAUCUAAGUGUAAACCUUGAAGAAGUCAUGGUCAUGGAAGCUAUAUGGGACUCUCUUCACGUGAUUGAUUCCAGAUUACAGAAAAGUGCUGCAAAUCAAAUUUCUGGAUCUAGCAAUAUGGUUGGAUUCGGAAAUGCAGAACAUGAAAUUGUUGAUGCAACUUGUUUACAAUCAUCUGGCGAAGUAUCUUCAACAGAUACAAUGCCUGUGGAAGCUGCAGUUGGUAUUUCAAGAUUACCUGAUCAAAAUCUCUUGCAGGCACAGCAUCCUGAGCCAGAUUGUGAAAGUCAGGCCAAGUUGAAGCCACAUGGAAGUUCAGCUGAAGAAUCAAAUGUAAGGGUAUCACUGGUUGAAUGUUUGGCUACAUCUUUCGAUUCAGACGAAGAGCAUACUUGAUACCUGUAAUCGUGUCUCUAGUUGUUUAAGCAAUUGGAUUUACAUAUCAAUUUACCAUGAGGAGCCUUUUUCUUGGAUGAUAGUACAAGUAUUCAUAACUGAUCUUUUUCUUGGCACUCAUGUCUCUCAUAGAUAUAU